AUGUGGCAGGCGUUCCUGGACCACGGCUGGGACAUCAACCGCCCAUAUAGUACCGCUGAUCCGCCCACUUUGGCAUGGAUACUAGAAGACAAAGAACUAGUCGAGUGGUUCCUAGCCCAUGGCGCCAACCCAAACGCCGAGGCCCGGUACGGCUGGACUCCCUGGCUGCGCGCCAUUGUGUGGGCACCGUUGGAGAUCGUCAAAUUGCUCCAUGAAGCAGGUGGCAGAUUGGAUCUGGCCGUUCCGUACGUAUGCUAUGGGAGGACGAGUCCAAACCAUGCCGCAAAGUUCCCAGAUCGGAUGGACGUGUUGCAGUAUCUUCUUGAUGCCGGCGCCGAUAUAGAUGCGCGCAUGUGGUCGCACAACCGCUAUGGUCGUAUGAGCCACUUCGAUUUCGGCUCAGCUGUGAAUAUAGCGGUGUAUUGCGGGAAAGACGACAUCGUCGAGGAGCUGCUCCGUCGCGGCGCCCGCACGGAUAUUGCGGCGGACAAGAUGGUAGAUGAUGGUUCUACGGCCCUGGAAUUCGCGAAGAAACGUGCGCCACACUUGGUUUCUAGGUUAGAGGAGCGUAGAAGGCAGGAAAACGAGGGAAAUCAUAAGCAUCAAGACGGAUCAUAA